UAACUGGGAAUGUAAAAGGAGGCAGCAUAGUUUUGUUUGUCUGAAAGUGACGUUUCACUGCCGCCCAGAUCUAUAAAGACAAAAUGUGAUUCACUUUGAAAUCCAUUCCUGAUAUGCAGAUGAUUCCCCUAUGCUGGCGUUAGGAAUACUGCACGGAAACUUUGGUUCAUUUACGGGAUGAUGUGUUCAUUGACUCCACGGUCUUCACAUUCAUUCUCACGGCAAAAUAACUCUUAAAGAAAACUUUUCUCGGUGAAACUGCUUAUCUGGAAUUAUACAUAUAUUUUUGUCCUUGGCAAUCUAACCAUGGCACUUUAUGUAGAAGGUCUGAGUGGAAGAUCGGCCCACAAAGGCAUGGCUCAGUUUCAGGAAAUGAUGCGCCAGCAGCUGGAGAGCUCCAUGGACGCCGAGCUGGAGAAACUGGUGGACACGGUCACAGGGGCCGACAGAGACGUCUGUAAGAAGGACUUUGAGGGUUUCAAGAACCUCUUCCACAGAUUCCUGCAGGUUAAAGGUCCGUCUGUGGAGUGGAUCAAGAUCAAGAGGCCUCCAGAAGACUCGAUCCAGCCCUACGAUAAGAUCGCAGCAAGAGGUCUGCCGGACAGCGUGGCCGACAGCCUGAACAAGCUGGUGGUGGUGAAGCUGAACGGAGGUCUGGGUACCAGCAUGGGGUGCAAGGGCCCCAAGAGCCUGAUCAGCGUCCGCAACGAGAACACCUUCCUGGAUCUCACCGUGCAGCAGAUAGAGCAUCUGAACAAAACAUACAACACCGAUGUUCCUCUGGUCCUCAUGAACUCCUUCAACACAGACGAAGACACCAAGAAAAUCCUGCAGAAGUACAAUCACCACCGGGUCAAGAUCCACACCUUCAACCAGAGCAGGUAUCCCCGCAUCCACAAGGAGUCUCUCCUCCCCGUAGCUGCUAAUCUGAACGUCACGGGCCAAAACGCGGACGGCUGGUACCCUCCCGGUCACGGCGACAUCUACGCCAGCUUCUACAACUCGGGCCUGCUGGACCAGCUGAUCAAGCAGGGAAAGGAGUACAUCUUUGUGUCCAACAUAGACAACCUGGGAGCCACCGUGGACCUGCACAUCCUGCACCACCUGGUCAGCCAGCCCAACGGCAAACGCUGCGAGUUCGUCAUGGAGGUGACGGAUAAGACGCGCGCUGACGUCAAGGGAGGCACCCUGAUCCAAUAUGAAGGAAAGCUUCGUCUCCUUGAGAUCGCCCAGGUUCCCAAAUCUCAUGUGGACGAAUUCAAGUCGGUUUCCAAGUUUAAGAUCUUCAACACCAACAACCUUUGGAUCUCUUUGCCUGCCAUCAAGAGGCUGCAGGAACAGAAUGCAAUGGACAUGGAGAUCAUCGUCAACCCAAAGACGCUUGAUGGAGGGCUCAACGUCGUCCAGCUGGAGACGGCCGUUGGAGCGGCAAUCAAAUGCUUCGACAACGCCCUGGGAAUAAAUGUUCCCCGCAGCCGCUUCCUUCCGGUCAAGACCACGUCUGACCUGCUGCUGGUCAUGUCUAACCUCUACAGCCUGGAUGCCGGCUCCCUCACCAUGAGCCCCAAACGAGAGUUCCCAACGACGCCUCACGUCAAACUGGGCAGCUCCUUCACCAAGGUUCAGGAGUACCUGACCCGCUUUGAGAGCAUCCCUGACAUGCUGGAGCUGGACCACCUGACCGUCUCUGGAGACGUCACAUUUGGGAAGAACGUCUCGCUGAAGGGAACCGUCAUAAUCAUCGCAAACCACGGAGAUCGGAUCGAUAUCCCGGCCGGUUCCAUGCUGGAAAAUAAAAUAGUGUCUGGCAACCUGCGUAUCCUGGACCACUGAGGCCAUCCCCUCUCCACUGUGCAGCCCUUAUCAUGUGACCUGUCCUGAACAUGUGACCCGAUUGUCCUUUUUAUCUAAGAAAAGAUGAAGUGACUCAGUUCUGUAGAUUGAAACUGAGAUGUACUGCCCUCUGCUGGCUGUGCAGCAUAUAACCAUUAGAACAUGCUAAUUGGAGUUAGUCAUUAACUGAUUAACCUAACAGAUUAAGAGAAAUAGGAUAUAAAUUACCAAGAAAUAGAUUACUUUUUUUAACCAGUAGGUAUUUUAAAGACAAAAUCUGCAUUAGUAGAUUUAAUGAAAGCAUUAAUUCUAUAUUUAGGACUAAAAAUAUGAAGUGAUUUUGGCUCUUAGCGGUGGUGAUGCAAUCUCAAGUUGUACUAACGAUAAUAGAGAUGUUUGAAGCAUUGUUUCCACGACUCAUACAUGAUGAACGGCAGCUUUGCAGAAAAUAGAAAAGAUUAGCAGCCUCCACACAGAAGAACAAACGUUUUUGUUUCCAUUUCAUUGCUUUCUUUUUUUCACGGGAUCUAACAGCGCGCACUUAAAUGCAACAUUCAAGUUAGUUUACAGCUCAUCGCCUGCACUUUUCUCCUGGGACGACAUAGAAAAUCAUAUUCUUAUAAAACUUUGACAGCUUUGAUGAGGAAAAACUUUCAGCUGGAGAAAUGUAACUUUGAACCACCCUGGGAUUAGUAAGAAAGUUACCUUAGAGUUAUAUUAAAACUUUAACUGGUUAGAGGGUUGAUUUCUAACCACAUUUACCUCCAAGAAUCUUAUUUUACACAUAUAGGUGCACAUUUAACCUCUUUGAAAUAUAAAAGAAAUAACCAGAGCUGCUUUUGGUAUCAUAAAGGUACAUUUUUGAGAUUGUGGAGCCACUAAAUAAAAUGUAGGUGACAGAUAAGUUGGCAUCUUUUCUCGAAGAACCAUAAACUGUGAGAGAUCUUCCUGUACUUCCAUUGCAGACCCUCCAACAGAACGCUCUUCAGGUGACGUUUGCGCCAUAGAACGGGUCACUUUCAAGGAUCCAUAUUCAGCCAUGUUGUAACUUUAGAUGUUUGUAGAGAAAACGAGGCCUUUAUUUCGCCCCAUCAGAUGACAUAGGGACAGCUUUGUGUGUUAUUUUCAUUUGAUUGUUGCAUGUUGUGUCGUCUGAAGCCUCUUUGUCCACCCGACUCAUCCAGUGCUGUUUCUGUACGCAGCAGGACAGGAUGUGCAGUAUUUCCUGUUGCGUUUGGUUUACACACUAACAGGUUUUAUAGUUUCUUUUCCAAAUCACUUAUAGUUAUUUGUUUCUUUUUUUGUUUUUCCGUGGGAAUACUUGAGACUGGUUUGGGUUGGUGCUUACAAGAAAGUGGGAAGCAAUAAGUGUUGAUCUGUGACAGCAACAAGAUCCCGAUCCAGUUCUGCCUCCAUAGACCUGAAUAAAGUGCAAUAUGAAGUACACAAAA